AUGCUAUAUUAUGGCUGUGUGUGUGUGUGUGUGUGUGUGUGUGUGUGUGUGUGUGUGUGUGUGUGUGUGUGUGUGUGUGUGUGUGUGUGUGUGUGUGUGUGUGUGUGUGUGUGUGUGUGUGUGUGUGUGUGUGUGUGUGUGUGUGUGUGUGUGUGUGUGUGUGUGUGUGUGUGUGUGUGUGUGUGUGUGUGUGUGUGUGUGUGUGUGUGUGUGUGUGUGUGUGUGUGUGUGUGUGUGUGUGUGUGUGUGUGUGUGUGUGUGUGUGUGUGUGUGUGUGUGUGUGUGUGUGUGUGUGUGUGUGUGUGUGUGUGUGUGUGUGUGUGUGUGUGUGUGUGUGUGUGUGUGUGUGUGUGUGUGUGUGUGUGUGUGUGUGUGUGUGUGUGUGUGUGUGUGUGUGUGUGUGUGUGUGUGUGUGUGUGUGUGUGUGUGUGUGUGUGUGUGUGUGUGUGUGUGUGUGUGUGUGUGUGUGUGUGUGUGUGUGUGUGUGUGUGUGUGUGUGUGUGUGUGUGUGUGUGUGUGUGUGUGUGUGUGUGUGUGUGUGUGUGUGUGUGUGUGUGUGAUGUGUGUGCAUUAGUGCAGACCUGA